AAUUUUUUGAUACAGUUUUGAUGAAUCCCCCUUUUGGCACAAAACAUAAUGCUGGUAUUGAUAUAAAAUUCUUAGAAACAGCUUUCAAAUUAUCCAAAAACGUUGUUUAUUCAUUACACAAAACAUCUACUAGGAAACAUAUUUUAAAAUACGCUGAAUCUUUAGGACACAAAGCAGAAGUUUUAGCGGAAUUAAAGUAUGAUCUAUCGUCUACCUACAAAUUUCACAAGAAGAAAUCUGUAGAUAUUCAAGUGGAUUUUUAUAGAUUUAUAUUGUUAAAGUAAUUUACUGCAAGAUGAGUGCACAAUUUGGAAGGGACCAUUGCAAAAUUGCUUUGGUUAAGAUAUUGCAAACUAUUGGAUGGCACAGCAUUAAUUCGACACCAUUAGAAGUUCUUACAGAUUUGCUGGUGCAUUAUAUAAGGCAGAUCAGUAAAACUACAAAUGAUUUUACCACUGAAUUUGGAAAUACUGAAGCUAAUCUAGACCACUUAGGACUUGCUUUUCAGGAAAUGGGAAUUAAUUUAAAUGAUUUAAGUGAAUAUGUGACGUACGUUAAUUUUUGUCCACCAGCUCAACCGGUUCCAAAAUUUCCAUUACCUAAAGAGGAUAAUUUGAAUUUCUUAAAACCAGGUAGUCAGGAGGUUGUAACAAGACCAGUUCACAUCCAUGAACAUAUGCCACCAAUGUUUCCACUACUAGAAGAAGCUGAAAUUAAAGUAGAAGAAAAUGAGAUCAUCAAAAAUGAUACGAUUGACGAAAAUGUAACCUCUAGUACACCACAAUUCAAGAAACCAUCAGAAGUAUUGCCGGAAUUUCGUCGACCAAAGAGAGAGGAUGAAGGUGGACGUCCAACACGUGAAAUUAGUAGUGUAAUGAUGACAACAUCUGGUUUUUUAUCGCCAGCUCGUGAAGGAAAACUUCCAGAAGCUAAAGCUCCACUUCCUCCUCCUCCUCCACCACCCGUCGAAACUCAACCACAGCCACCGCCUGCACCUCCAGUCUCAAUCGGCGGCGGCUCGGUUCAUCCUGCAUCCUUUAAUGAAGCUACAAUUAAGAAGAAAAUGGAAAAAAGGGAGAAAAAGAUGAAUAAGGAACUGUUCAAACCUGGGAUGGAAGAAAAAAUUGUCAAGAAGCAUGCUUCCAUGAAAGAUGUGGUAAAGAUGAAGAAAAAAGCAGCAGCAGUAGCUAGCAAUCAUCAGUCGAAUCUAUCUGCUUCAAACCUAUUACCAAAUGUGCCAUUACCAUUUUUCCAACCUCCUAGAUUAUCAGAAAUUAAAGUAAGUCCUGUACCUCCCCAAAAAAUAUUUAGAGAAACUCCCGACAAGACAUUGGCUGCUGCCAAGGCAAAAACUGAAAAGUUCAAUACUACAAUAACUCCAAUUCCCAUUAAAACAACAAAUUCUUCAGUGUCUCAAAUGACAAUACAACAAGUAGAAAAAUUAUUCAAUGAACCCGACAGAAAGAAAAUUAACAUAUUGAGGAAAAUUUCAAAUGUAAAAGAAAAUAAAUCAAAAAAAGAAAACAAGCAAAGUACGAUCGUCGACGAAGGAACUGACAUAGUAAACAAAAUCAGUCUCUCAAGUGAUAUAACUAUUGAACCAAUACCAAUGAGAAAAGGUAAUAGUCCCCAUAGUACUUAUUUUGAUGAUGGCUCUCCUCCGGGUACACCAACUAAACCUAGAACGCCAGAUAUUAUGUUACAUCAUCACCAUCAACAUCAUCCUAACCCUCCUCUACAAAAAGAAAAGAGGAAAAAGAAAGAACCGAAGCCCAAAAUUAAGAAACCAAGAAAAUCCCAACAUCGUCCAAUGUUUACCGAAUCUGAAUUAAUGGAUAUAAUAGUAAAUAGACCUAAAACUCCCGAAGCUCAUCAAAUGCGAAGUCAGUUACCUCCACACAUGGGAAUGCCUGCAAUGCCGUUCCCAUUUUUGGCAAAUUUUGGUGGUCCCGGUUUAAUUCCCUCUCAAUUAACUACUCCAAUGUUUCCAUUUUCACAUCUAGGCGGAAUGCCGAAUUUUGGUAAAAAUCCUUACUUUCCUUCUCAUUUACCUUCCCAGAUGGAUGUUAGUCCAGCACUACAAACUAAAGUCAAAGAAACAAAAGAUGCUAAAGGACUGCCACCUGUACUUGAGGUUAAGCAGCCACCACCACCUCUUCCUGUACCAGCUGAAGUAUUACCUCAGCCUGCGUCUAUCCCUCCUCCUUCUCCCCCGACUGCCUCAAUUCAACAGCAACCAAUACAAGUACCAGAGACUAGCUCCAGUACCUCUAUAUUAACACCUAGACCCAAAACUCCAGUACCUCUUGAAAUCAUACAAAAGAAAAAUAAGGAACACAAGAAGGAUAAAAAAGACAAAGUUAAAAAGAAAAAUAAGAAAGAUAAGCUCAAGGACAAAGAGGAGAAAAAGAAGAUAAAGGACCUGAAGAAGGAAGGUAAAGAUAAGGUGAAACGAGAAAAGAAAAUCAAAAAGAAAGAUAGAGAAAAACUCGAUAAAGAGAAAGAAAGAUUAGAAAUAUCCGAGAAUCCCUUAAUACCUAAAAUACUUCUUAAAGUAAAUUCUCCAUCGUCGAGACCAGAGACUCCUGAAAGGAAACUGAACAUCAAACCAAUAGUAAAUAAAGACGAUGACGACGACGACAACAUUCAAAUCCACGAAAAAAAGAGGGAACCUUCUCCUGGUGGUUUAGCAAAAAUAUCGGCGCUCGUUACAGGCCCGCCUAAACCUAAAAACACAUUAUCACCUAUACCUCCGGCCGAAGAACCUCCACCUACACUGAUGACUCCUAGAACACCAGGUAGACCUCGAUUACAUCCAAUUAAACCGAAAUCGACGCCGAAACCGAAGAAAAUCGAACAACAGCAACAAGUAUUUAAAAAAAUCGAUGAACAUGGUAACGAAGUGUGGAUAUGUCCAUCUUGUAGUCAACAAGAUGACGGUAGACCUAUGAUCGGAUGUGACGGUUGUGACGCUUGGUAUCAUUGGGUGUGUGUCGGCAUACAAGUACCACCAGACGAAAAUGAAAAUUGGUAUUGUAAACCUUGUUUGGCAAGGAAAAAUGAGGAUUUUCAAAGUGACAAAAAGAAAAAAAGAAAAAGGAAAGAAAAGAAAGAACACUGAAGUGAGUUGAUAUUCGGUGUGAGUUUACUUUUUUAUUUUUAAUGUUGAGAACUCGUUAAUUUUAUUAUUAUUAUUAUUAUUAUUAAUUAGUUUAUUUAAGACGCAUAUUAUGUGACAUGAAAAGUAUGAACCUCUUAAAGUUGGUCAAUAUUCAUACAAUGGUUAAAAUAAAAAGUAAAAAAUGGUAGGAUAUGAAGAAUUUUUAAAGAAAUUGGUUUGAGUUUUUUUUUCAAUCUAUUUAAUCACUUUUAAAAAAUAUUUGAAUAUUAUUAUACAAUCACUAUUAUAUUGAAAGUAAAAUUUUUUAGUAACUCUCACUACAUUUUCAUGAAAUUUCAAAAUAAUUGAUGGGUUAUGAUAUAUAUAUUAGUACUUUUUUAAAUUUCUAUAUGUGUUCUCAAUUUAGAUAUUUUGCAUUUUAAUUAUUAAUUCAAUGAGAGUACAGUAGUAGAUAUUGUCAAUUUCUUAUGUUAAACAAGGUUUAUUUCAAUUAUUUUUUUUAGUUUUACAAAUUUUUAUUGCAAGUGAUUUACUAAGAAUGGAAGGUCCAUGUAUGUUUUAAACCAAAGUAUCAAGUUCAGUUUUUAGGCCAACUAAAUAGGGAUACAAGUCAAUUUUUAUUGUCUCAUUCAUUAUCGAUAAACAUUAUGAAUAUUUUGUUGUUAUUGUGCUAAUUUGUAAAUCAUAAACACUUUUUGUAUAUACCACCACAUUGUACAUAACUAAAUGUAAAGCUAUUCUUUAUUCAAUAAUUCUACUGAUUUAUAUUAAAUUUAAGAAUUACUUUAACUUUUUAUCCAAUAUCACCCUUUAUUUUGUCUUACAAUUUUGGUAUAAGGAAAAGUAAAAUUUUAUUAUAUGUUAUAUUGAGCUGAUAAAUUAUUAUACAAUAAAGGUGAUGCAAUCCAUAAAAA